UGCCAACCCGGGUGUUAACUUCCUGUGGCGUCCCAUCUCCAGCUGAAACUAGGAUGGCUCCAAAAUCACAUUUCGCCGCCAUUUUUGCUCUUUUCCACCCCCUCGCCAUUCUCUUCCUCCCUCGUGCGUUGGCCGGAAACAAUCACCUUAACAAUACAGAUCCAAAAAGACCAAAGCAGGGAGAACCAAAUGGUCAUCAAAAUGAUUGUACUGCGACGCCAACGAAGGGACCAGACCAUGAACGUCAAUCACAUCGUGGUCGUCGGGCCGUCCGGACUUCUUCUCCUCCUCCCGACAACGCACCAGGUUGUGGUCUUGCAAAAUAUGAUUCGAAUCCACCGCAAGAACAACAGCGAGGCGUGACUACAGCAAGCAAUAAAAAAGAACCCCCGGUUAAAGGAAGAGCUUCUGAUCCAAAAAGACCAAAGCAGGGAGAACCAAAUGGUCAUCAAAAUCAUCGUACUGCGCCGCCAACGCAGGGUCAUGGUCGUCCGGCGGUCCCGACUUCUUGUCCUAAAGACAACACAUCAGGUUAUGCUCCUGCAAAACGUCAACGGGAUCCACCAGCUGUUGCUCCUAUGAAAGGGGCAACAAACCCAGAGAACAAAAAAAAUAAUAACGACAAAACUCCGGUUAAGAGCAAGCCCAAGGACAAGGACAAGAAAAAAAGCUGUGAUCAGGAAGUCGUGGGAAAGGCAGCGUGAUUCAUGCUGAGGAAAGGAAGACAUCUAUUCCCAUCCUUCAGCUGAUUUUCGUUGUGUUUCGUAUCUUGCAUGGUGAUGUGUGUAUUUCGUUCAAAAAUAAUAUGCCUUUGUCUUGCGUUGUGAUGUGUUAAAACCUAUUUUCCACUAGUGUUCACUACCAAGUCAACCUUUUAGAGUACGUAAAAGGAUUUUAGAGUCGAUAUAUGCCAAAUCCUUUUAGUUGUGUUAUGCUCGUUUUGGCUUGCCAUGUACGAGAUGUAUUUCUGCUUUUAGUUUGGUGCUUGCUACAUGUAUUUGUAAUUUGCUGGUAUUAGGGGCCGUUUGGUUUGUUGCUUUUCCUAUAUGUAUUUGUACUCUGUUGGUAUAUAUUAUGGGUCGUUUGAUUC